AUGGAGCCCUUCGCAAAGAACACACAGCGCUACGGCGAUAAUCCGAACCAGCCGGGUUACGAAAUGGCCCACAUGUCCGAGCUCGAGGCCAGCUACAAGCAGCAGGCCCAGCAGGACCCGUCGCUGGCCGAUUACAGCACCGAAACGCAGGGCCUGUUUGGCGGGCCGGGCGUCACCCGGCGUCAGUCGCGAUUCACAACGGCCCCUCGAUACAUCACUGGGUCCCGUCGCUUCGUCAAGAAGAGAGAUCCUCGAUUCCUCGUGGUCGUGAAAAUCCUCUUCACCUUCCUGGGUGCCCUCUGCCUGGUGUGCCCCGUCAUCGUCGGCUAUAUCUUCCACUUCAACCUGAUCAGCACACAGCAGGGCUUCUUCUUCGGCCUCUACGGUGUCUUUGUGAUCUGCCAUUACUUUAUCCAGGCGUGCUUUGCCACAGCCAACCGCCUUACCGUCAACCGAAAGGUGCGGAAUCGCGAUCCCAACUGGAGAGGUCUCGCAACCGGUGUCCUGGUCGUUGGUUAUCGCGAGGACCCUGAACUCUACCGCCAGUGUCUCGAGAGUUGCAAGGCUCUGCAAUACAAUAACCUCCGCCGCGUCAUGAUGGUUGUUGACGGCGACGAACAGGAGGACGAGUACAUGGGCACAAUCUUCCAGGAGGUCUUUGGCCCCGAGGCAACCGUCAUCGCCCCAGGCUUCAACCUGGUCGAAGUCGGUCCUGACUCGCGCGAGGCCAAGUGGCUCUACAAUGAACUUGCCCAGGCCAGAGGUCCUAUUUGCAUCCUGCAGAAGCACGGCGGCAAGCGCCACGCCAUGUACUGCGGCUUCCAUGUCUUCCUCAACUGCAUCCCCACCGACGCCAUCAUGGUCACCGAUUCGGACACCUAUCUGGACUGCAACGCCGUCAAGGAGCUUGCCUUCAUGCUCAACGACCCCAAGGUCGGCGCUGCCACCGGCGACGUCCGCAUCUGGAACGACGACAACUGGAUCUCCUUCCUCUCGGCACUCCGCUACUGGUUUGCUUUCAAUAUGGAGCGAGCCUGCCAGUCCUUCCACAAGUGUGUUGGAUGUGUCUCUGGACCCCUCGGUAUCUACCGAACGGAGAUCAUUCGUGUCAUCAUCGAACCCUGGGUCAGCCAAAAGUUCCUUGGAAUCCAGUGCACCUACGGAGACGAUCGUCACUUGACCAACCUCACACUGAAGCUUGGCCAGCAGGUCGUCUACACUCACUAUGCCUGGUGUCUGACCGAAACCCCGACCCAGUUCAUCCGAUGGACUGUCCAGCAAACCCGCUGGAGCAAGAGUUUCUAUCGGGAAGGCCUGUACAAUUCUCGCUGGUUCCACAAGCACAGUAUCUGGAUGGCCUACGAAAUGAUUUUCCAGACGGUCUAUCCCGGCGUGCUGCUCUAUAUCUUCCUGUACACGCUCUUCUUUGGCACCCUGUUGCGCAUGCUCAUGUGGGCCAACGUUCUGAUCGUCAUGGGCUUCCUGAAGGCAACUUAUGCCGUCAUCAUUACCAAGAACGUCAAGUAUCUCCUGGUCUCCUUCUACGGCUUCCUGUAUCUCUGCGGUCUGAUGAUUGCCAAGAUCCAUGCGGUGCUCUUCCUCUGGGACAACGGAUGGGGAACAUCCUCUCGUCUCGGUGCCAAAAUGUCCAAGUGGCAGCAGUACGUCUUCCCCUUUGGGUGGAACCUGAUCAUCAUCGGAGGCAUGAGCUACAACAUCACCAAAUUCGUGCUUGCCAGCAAGGCCGAUGUUAAGCCCAUCUGGUACCACGGCUUCGACUUUUGGCACAUUCUCUUCUCUUGCACCCUGGCCGGUGCCAUCGUCAUCGGACUGAUAGGCUAUGGCCUCUACAAGACGAACAAGUGGAUGAUGACCCGCCGUGGCCUCACGGCUAUCCAGCAAAAGGUCUAG